AAGCCUACGGUGAAACAUUCUUCUCCACCCCUUUCGGUCAAAAAAAAAAAAAAAAUCCUUCUCCAUCACUUUCUUCACUACCAAACAUGGCUUCCAAUAAUACCAUCAGCUUACCCAACGCAGCAAGUACACGUUUGUUGCCGGAGAAAAGUUCCCCUGAUUGGGCUUAUGUCACCUUGUUGGCUGGAAACGGAGACGAUUGGAUGGGCGUGCAGGGGUUGGCCGUGGGGCUGAAGAAGGUGAAGAGCAUGUACCCGCUUGUGGUGGCCAUCCUACCGGACGUGCCUGAGGAACACCGGAGGAUACUUCAGGACUUAGGGUGCGUAGUGAAGGAGAUUCAACCAGUGUAUCAGCUCAAGAAAUAUGUCCAGUUGGCAUCCGAGUUCCCCUAUGUCGCCAAGUACUCCAAGCUCUUUAUCUGGAAACAUGUUUUGAAUAUGUUUUUCCGCAAAAGCUUGUCUGCAUUCCCAGGAUAUAUCUAUGGUGCGUUGACCAUGGUGGACGAGGAGAAGAAUAUUGAUCAUCUAGAGAAGGUGAAGGUAAUACGCUACAGCUCUCCUGAGUUGAGGCCGUGGAGACGCACACCAAAAAUGGGGAACGUGGACUUUGUGAAUAAGUUGAAACGGAAGUGGAAGGAUAUUUGCCCUGGUCGAUCGCUUGACUCCGAGAAACUAAAAAUAGUGAAGACAGAGAAGUUGCUGAAUUUUUCGUCUGCUUCUGGUACCAAAUGAGCGAGGCGGAAACUAAAUGCAAAUUAGUAGUAAGUUGAAGGAUUAGCUUAAGGAUAAUUAUACAUACACCCAAACAAUCAACACCCAAGGCUUAUGAGUAGUAAAAUUAUAAAUUUACC